AUGGAGGGAAACACCAAGGGCAGGGACGCCACGGAUAAUGCUCCUCUGAGACCGGUCUCCUCCCUGCUUUCGCAUUUCGAGAAUCUCUCCCAUCGUCGCGCUCCGUCCGCCGCCGUGAACGGUUCCCGCGAGCCCGCCUUCCUCAGAACCCCCGACUAUGGUGACGACGUCCGCUCCAACCGGGCCUCUCUGGAUCUCCCGCGCUCGCACUCCCCCUGGGGCUCGACAACCGACCUCGACAGAAGUCACGGCACCGUCCACGGCAAUGGCAUUCCGUCUCGCCCGAACGGCUCCCCCGGCAUUUCCCCGGGCAGGCGGCACAACAGGCCCAUGUCCAUGAACCUGCACUCCUCCCCACAGCUGGCUCCGACCCUCACCGUCGACUCGCCCCGGUCUCCCCCGCGCGGAUUCGCCGCGGACCAUGACGAGGAUAUCCGCGUGUCUCGCAGCCCCCCGAACGCUUCCCGGGAGUCGCUGCCCACCAUCCCUCAGGGCGUGCCCGUCCAUCGCCCAACAACCCCCGUCACGGCGACGUCCUAUCCUGCGGAAACCAAACCGGACCGGCUGUCCCCCGGAAGGGAAGAGCAUCUCGCUACCCCGCCCGCCAACCGCGCAGACAAGCCCAGGAUCCCCGCCAAACCAGCGGCCCUGUCACACCCCGACAACGGCUCCCUGGCGCCCCGGACGGACCAGGCGUCCUCGGAAGAUCGCAUUUCGCCCUUUAGCACCCCUCCGAGCAGCCCCGAGAAAGCCUCCCCCAAACAGGAACCGUCGAAUCCACCGCGGCCGCCGCAGUUUUCGCGCUCGCCCUCCCGGCGUUCGCCUUCUCGCCCGGUUCCUGGUCUUCCGACUCACCGUUCACUUGACGAGAGGUCCCCCACCCCUCAGGCGGGUCUCUUCCGAGAACCGUCCUUCUCGCAGCGGCGGCCGAUCCCGGAACCCCCAUUGGAGACGAAGCCGCUCAUGGUCCAGAUUCCCCCGAGGCCGUCCAUGCAGUCGGAACCGCUGUCCGCUGCGCCGCUGUCCGCCGUCCCGCUCUCUGCGCACAGGCUCCCAGCACACGAGGCCCCCUUCGAGCGCCCUGGGCUGCCCCCGCGGCAGCCGUCGGUCGCACGGAGGGGUGGGCCGUCACCGUCCCGGCAUUCGUACCAGCUGGACAGCCCGGGGUAUUCACUGCCCCCGCCGACUCCGUAUCGCGAAUCGCGCGCACUCUCCCGCGACGAACUGCCGACCCCGACGCAGGUCCACCGGCAGCCGUCUAUCUCCAGGCCGGUGCCAGUGCCGCCCCCGUCGGUCCCGGAGCGGCCCGUGGUGGAACGUCAACCCGUCCGCCCAUUCGCGAGUCAGGAACAACACGUGCCGGAUGAAGGGCCGGUCUCGAUCAUGGAUUACCCAGACGCGUCGACUGCGAACCGGCGGCCGCCCCUGCUGAAGUCGGGGCCUCAGGAGAUCCAUACCAAGUAUGACACACGAGUCAUGGAUGUGUGCGGGAAGCAUGUGUGCACAACCGGAUACAUCACGCGGGUCUGGGACCUGACCACCGGCGAGCAGAUCAUGAGCCUCAGCCAUGGCGAAACGGUCAAGAGUCUCUCGGUGGCCUUCAAGCCGGGUCUCGGUCUGGAGGACGAGGGCCAGCGCUUAUGGCUGGGCACAAACUCCGGCGAUCUCCACGAGGUGGACAUUUCCACCCGCUCCAUUGUCUCGUCGCGGUCCUACCCCUCGCGCCGGGAGAUCGUCAAGAUCUUGCGGCACAAGAAGGACAUGUGGACUCUUGACGAUGAGGGCCGGUUGCUGGUGUGGCCCCCGGAUGAGACCGGAACACCGAACCUGCAGUACAGCUACCACAACCCGUACGACCGUGUUGCCCGCGGACAUACCUUUUCGAUGGUGGUGGGCGAUCUCCUCUGGCUGGCCGCCGGCAAGGAGGUGCACGUCUAUCGACCAAAUGCGCGUGACGAUGUCUCGUUCAAGGUGCUCAGCAAGCCGUUGGGAUUGCAGCAUACGGGCGAUGUGACGUCGGGUGCCUACACCACCAAGGAUGGCGGCCGUGUGUAUCUGGGCCACGCCGACGGAAAGGUCACGGUGUAUUCGGCCCACGAUUACGUGUGUUUGUCGGUGGUCAAUGUCAGUGUCUACAAGAUCAACUGCCUGGGCAUUGUGGGCGACUAUCUGUGGGCGGCAUACAAGACGGGCAUGAUCUACGUUUACGACACGGAGACGAACCCGUGGACGGUCAAGAAGGACUGGCGCGCGCACGAAAGCCCUGUCAGUGGGUUCUUGCUGGAUUCCAGCAGCGUGUGGACGAUGAAUCGGCUGCAGGUGACUUCCUUGGGAGACGACAAUUGCAUCCGUAUGUGGGAUGGCAUGCUGGAGGAUGAUUGGCUGGAAUCGAGGAUGCAGGCCAGAGACGUCGAGUUCUGCACGUUCCGCGAGAUCCACGCGGUGAUCAUGACCUGGAACGCGGGGGCUUCCACCCCGGGGAGCGUGCGCACGUCUAACUUUAUCCAAGAGGCGAUCCAUCCGGAGAAUCCGCCGGAGAUUUUGGUGUUUGGCUUCCAGGAGCUGGUGGACCUGGAGAAUAAGAAAAUCACAGCGAAGAGUCUGCUGCUCGGAAGCAAGAAGAAGGAGAGUGGCGACAAGGAACACAUGAGCCGCCAGUACCGGGUGUGGAUGGAGCAUCUGACCCGCUGCAUCAACGACUGCAUGCCGCUCGAGGAGUCAUACGUACUUCUGCAUAGCGCCAAUCUGAUCGGUCUCUUCACGUGUAUUUUCGUGAAGCACAAGGAGCGGCAGAGAAUCAAGAACGUCAGCGCGUCGGAGAUCAAGCGGGGUAUGGGGGGGUUGCACGGAAAUAAGGGCGCGCUUAUCUAUCGCUUCAUUCUCGACGACAGCUCCCUCUGCUUCGUCAACUGCCACUUGGCGGCCGGGCAGUCCCAGACGGCCCACCGCAACAACGACAUCGCCGCGAUUCUCGAAGCGGAGUCGCUCCCCGUGGAGAACAGCCUGGCGACCCGCGCAAACCACUACGUCAGUGGUGGCGAUGGCUCGAUGAUCAUGGACCAUGAGAUCUGUAUCCUGAACGGCGAUCUCAACUACCGCAUCGACUCGAUUCCCCGCCACGUGAUCAUCGACGACAUCCGCAGCAACAACCUCACCAAGCUGCUUGAGCGGGACCAACUGCUCGCGUCGCGGCGCAAGAACCCGGGCUUCCGGCUUCGGUCUUUCAACGAAGCGCCCAUCACGUUCGCGCCGACAUACAAAUACGACGUGGGCACGGACGAGUACGACUCGAGCGACAAGAAGCGCGCCCCGGCAUGGUGCGAUCGCGUACUGUACCGCGGGCUCGGCCGCGUGCGGCAGCUGGAGUACCGACGCCUCGAAGUGCGGGCGUCCGACCAUCGCCCGGUGACGGCCACCUUCAAGCUGCGCAUCAAGACCGUCCUGCCCACCGAGCGGGGCGGCACGUGGGAAUCCUGUCAGCAGGAGUUCCAGGGCCAUAAGCGGCGACUUGCAUCCGAAGCGAGCAUCGAAUACCUCAUCACCGUCCUCGGAACGGACCCGCAGCAAGCCCGGGCGCUGAUCCUGGGCCAGGGGAAUUGA